UAGACAUAUAUAUAUAUAUAUUUAUACUGAUAGAAAAUGAGUGGAGUAGGAAAGGUGGUGUGUGUGACUGGAGGAUCAGGCUACAUAGCUUCAUGGCUUGUUAAGCUUUUACUACAACGUGGUUACACUGUCAAAGCAUCUGUUCGUAAUCCAAAUGAUCCAAAGAAAACAGAACACUUGGUUGCCCUAGAUGGAGCUAAAGAAAGACUUCGAUUGUUCAAAGCAAAUUUAUUGGAAGAAGGCUCUUUCGAUUCGGCCAUCAUUGGAUGUGAUGGUGUUUUUCACACUGCUUCUCCUGUUAUUCAUUCGGCCAAUGAUCCACAGGCAGAUAUAAUAGAACCAGCAGUGAAAGGAACAUUGAAUGUUCUUAGAUCAUGUGCAAAAGCUUCAUCUGUGAAGAGAGUGGUUAUAACAUCUUCCAUGACUGCAGUGUUUGAGAAUGAUAAACCUCUGACCUCUGAUGUUGUAGUUGAUGAGACAUGGUUUUCUGAUCCUGAUUUUUGUGAGAGGACAAAGAAUUGGUAUGCAGCUUCAAAGACACUAGCUGAGAAGGCUGCUUGGGACUUUGCAAAAGAAAAUAAGAUUGAUUUGGUCAUUAUUCAUCCAGGAGUUGUGUUUGGUCCUCUCAUACAGCCAACUAUAAAUUUAAGUGUCAAACUGCUUCUAGAACAAGUAAAUGGACCUGAAACAUAUCCCAACACAGUGUUACCAUUUGUGGAUGUUAGAGAUGUUGGGAAUUCACAUAUUGAAGCAUUUGAAGUUGAUUCAGCCAAUGGAAGAUACUGUCUUGCUGGACAUGUUGCCCACAUUUUUGAACUCUUGAAGCUUUUUCAACACCUCUACCCUUCUUUGAAUAUUCCUCAAAAAUGUGAAGAUAACAAGCCUCUUGUGCCAAAGUUUCAAGUAUCAGAUUUGAAAGCAAGAAGUUUGGGAAUUAACUUCAUCCCUUUGGAAGUGUGUUUGAGGGACACUAUUGAAAGCUUGAAGGAGAAGGGUCUUUAUAACAUCUAAUAAUCAUUGGAGAUUACUUUAAUUAAUCAUUUGUAUUCUCUGUUUUUUUCCCUGUUUCACUGUGUUCUAUUCCCAAGUUUCUGUCGUUUUUCACAUAUUUUGUCGUUUUUCAUUUAUUUCAAUUUUCUCUGUUUUUUGGUUGGUUCAAUUCUCUGGUUUUGAGCUUCUUUGGAUGCCUUCAUUAGGGCAUUUCUUCGGAUAGAUACUUCACAAGAAUUACUGGGAGCAUUAUUAGUUUGGUAUAAACAAAAGUUCAUUUGGCAAAAUAA